AUGUCCGCUGCGAUCCCACUCGCCGUCGCUGCGCGUUUCUUGCUUUCUUUCUCAUCUUUGCAUAGCUCACUUCAGCACAACCACCUUCUCACCUCACCUCUCAACUCAUAUCCUCGGUUACAGGAGGGUUUAUUCCUUUACAGCCAUGGCGUUGAUCCAUAUUCGGGGGGAGGUUUCCACCAUUCUCCACUCCUGUUGUCACUCUUUUCAACGGUUAUUCCGUUGACAGCAACUAGUGCACGCGUACUGGUGGCAACUUGCGACGCGUUGAGCGCAUACUUUCUUGUUAGCAUAUGGCGAGCAAGAUCAAAUACUUCAGGAGGGACGAGAGAAAUGACGAUUAUCGGCGCGCUACUUCUCAAUCCAUAUUUAUUUUUGACAUCCUUAUCAUUAUCUACUUCUCCGCUCGAGAAUACAUUAUACCUAGCCUCUGUCUUCUUUGCAUGUAGAAAGAAAAAGGCACCUUGUCUCUUUGCACUCUCCUUCCUGACGCAUUUGUCGUUGAAUAGCGUGCUCCUGCUCCCUCCUGUCACUCUUCUGCUCCUUGGCUCUCCCACCUCAUCAUUAGCUUCCCCGCGUCACAUCACUCCCGAUAAACUCCAAAUAGUCAGGUUGGCCAGCGAAUAUUUUCUUUACACAGCAGCGCUUUUUCUUGCGUCAUGUUUGGGAUCUGAUGGUAUUACUUGGGUCUACAAAACAUGGGGGACACAGAUUCUGUUGCCUGAUUUAACACCAAAUCCUGGAUUGUGGUGGUACUUCUUCACCGAAAUGUUCGACCAUUUCCGCCCGUUUUUUCUCAUGGUGUUUUCUGUCCAUCUGCUCAUUUAUGUUGCACCCGUCUGCAUUAAAUUCCAGCAUGAUCCUCUAUAUGCGACCUUUCUCCUUCAAGGUAUAUUCGCCAUCUUCAAACCAUAUCCCACCAUGGCAGACAUCGGGCUAUUCUUGAGCUGCAUAUCAUUAUUCCCAGAAAUUUAUCAACAUUUCCGGCAUCCCAUCGUGACGGCCCUCUUACACCUCCAUGCAGCCCUUCUGCUCCCGCUUUUCCACUCUUUAUGGUUAACACAAGGAACGGGGAAUGCGAACUUCUUUUACGCGAGCACGUUGGUAUUUGGUAUGGCAAACGGGGCUGCCGUUGUAGACUGCGUUUAUGCAGGUCUUAGGAUUGCGUUUCCUGUGCGAAAAGGGUUCGAGAUUGCACAAGAAUAG